AGCACCACUGAUUGGCCGAAGGAGGUGUACGAAAAGAAACGAAUGAACCUCCAAGGAACAAAGAAGAAGGGUUGUGCAGCAACAAUGACCUUGAAAUGGAUUGAAUUGUACCCAGAUUUCCAGGUCGACGUGCCCCAGCCAUGCGGCCAGACAAAAGAGGGCCGGCUGAAAGCAGACAAGGCCAAGCAGCUGCAGGAGGCACUUGAUGCGAAGCAGACUGUGACCAAAGAGACGCGACUAUACAUUAGAAUUGCCGACUGCAGUUCCCAUCGUAACCAUGGUUUCGAGGACAUGGAAGCUUUUAGCCAAAAUAUGGACAGGAACAUUGCUGAGCGCAUUCAAAUGUUGGCAAGGGAAGGAAUUACAUGUGUAUCGGAUGUGAAAAAGUGCCUGUACUAUUACGUGCAUGAUGUACUUUUUGCAAACAAGAAAAAGCCUGAUAGCAGCUGCAGGGCCUUUUUCCCAACACAUCGUGACAUAAGCAACCAGAUCCAAGCUGUUCUUCGGAAAGACCGCUUUAGCACAGUGGAUCAAGAGAAUGCUAGCAUCCUUAUUGAAAAGAUCAGGGGUGAGCAACCCGAAUCUUCCAUUGUUUAUCGUCCGUAUGCAUCACGCAGCUUUGUGGGUAGCAACGACUCGAACAACGUGGAAGAGAGUGUUGCCAGCGAGUGUGAAGACACGUUGCUGUUCUGCUUCCAGACAAAAUUCAUGAGAAACAUGCUUAAAAAGUAUGGAGGCUCAGUAGUUUGCCUGGACGCAACACACAAGACUAGUGACUAUGCCCUACCACUUUUCUUGCUUGUUGUGAAAACACCGUCGGGAUACACGCCAGCUGGUGUGUUUAUCAUACAGUUCGAGACGGCCCAAUGUAUCGCUGAGGCUUUAAGCGUUUUCAAGCAGUGGUGUGAUAACUGGUCCCCACAGUACUGGAUGGUAGAUUACAGCAAGGCAGAAAUAAGUGCCAUCAAGCAAGUGUUUCCAGAGAGUCAAAUCUCCAUCUGUGACUUCCAUAGACUACAGGCAUGGCAAAGGUGGCUGCGCAGAAAGGAAAAUGACGUAUCCAAUCCGGAUGAAGCCCUGAGACUCAUGAAACGUUUAGCCAGUGCUUCAAAUCAAGAUGAGUUUGACAAGGCGUUUGAAGUCCUUGUCACUUCAGAGCAUUGGAAAAAUGACAAAUUCCGCAGUUACUUUGAAGCAGUGUGGCUCUCUGUAAAGGAGCUGUGGGUCUUGUAUUACAGGCUGGAGUUUGAUGUUGUCUUGACCACAAAUAACGGCAUUGAGGCCCAAAACAGGGUGUUGAAGGCACAGUAUGUGAAAAGUGCCAGUGGGAAACGGUCGUUAACAUCCCUAAUCACAGCUGUCGUCCACGGCUACCUUCCUGACAAAGAAGUGAAAUUUCAUGAGGCAGCAAAAAGGCAGUCAUCAGUGUAUAGACAGUACAGUGAAAAUGUUCCGGCAUACCUGCACAACCGGCCUCACGGGUUUGUUAAACAUAUGCUGAGACGGCUCGUUAACGCAGAAGAAUACACCCACACAGACAUGAAAGAGCUGUCCACUGAAGGCAUGUUCUCUGUUCAUUCUGAAAGAAGUGACGACGAUGUGUACACAGUCGACUUCACCAAGCCAUCGUGUACCUGCCCUGACUUUAGGAAGCACAAGUACCCCUGCAAACACUUCUGUGUUGUUUUUAAGUACAGCGACAGGUGGGGCUUUUCCUCUCUUCCGCACAGUUACCUCAGUCGACCGCAGAUUACACUUGGAAGCUGCCCAGAAUCAGAAACAGGUUUUGAGAUUCCUCUUGUCAAUGAGCCUAGCCCUUCUGAAAUGUCUUCACAGCCUUUUGGUACAGCAGUGUCAGAGCCGGACAUUCCCUUUGUCAAUGAGCCAAGCAUUUGUGAAGUGCCCUCACAGCCUGCGAUUGCUCUGGUUCCCCGUACAGUAACCCCCUCACUAUCGGAGUUACGCAAAAGUAUAACCGAGGAAUGGGAAAAGUGCAGUUCCCUCCUUUACUGCUGUCAUGACGUUCAAACACUGUCGGAGGCUAGGGGCUUAUUGCAAGCCACCUUUCGUAAGUUGGCUGAAUCUGUGCCACAGAGUUCGGGCCUUCACAUUCGGGGCUCACCGACAAAGGGAUGCUCGUCUCUGAAGCCUCUUCCAAAAAGAAGGCGCCUAUAGUGUGCUUCACUCUGCCAUUGAUUGGUUGACUUUUCACAG